UUUUCUUUCAGUCGGCUGUGGAACGCCGGUAGUGGAUGAUGUGAUCGUUGCGGGUAGCGUACGUUUUUGACAUAUGAAUAUUUUUUAUGACGGUAACGUCGAGUUGGCCGGAUCGUGUUCAGUUUCAUUCAUUGUUGGCUUUACGCGAGUUAGUGUGUUGUGACAAGCGUGCUUUGUUGGAUUAUCAGGGCGAAUCCUCGGUGAUGCAUCCCUCCAGCUAGCCGCGUUCACACCAAUUCCAAAAUGGCGCGCAACUGGACGAUCUACGUGCUAUCCGUCGCCAUCUUGUUAAAAACGAGUGCCAGUGUGACAGAAGACCUCCUGGACCAGUACGUGCGACACGUGGGCAACGUCAACAGGCUAGGCUACGACUUAGAUAGUGAUUUCAAAUCAAACCAAAGACACGGUAGAGACUACGUUAAUAAAUUCAAACGUUCGCGAUACAGUCGUCUGACGCGAAAGCUGCGCUCGGUAGAAGACGAAGAAGAGGAGAUCGCGUCGGGUAUUAGCGUAGACGAAGAAGAAAGCGGUGAUUACCGCGAACGUAGGGACGUUUCCAGCGACAUCCUGUGGACGCAUUCGGAGGUGUUGGAUAGGGACGGAUUGGUGGUGUUGAGAUGGCAACCGCGGCACCAGGAGAUCUUGUUCAGGGUGGAGGCUAGGACGAGGGGUUACGUGGGGAUCGGGUUCAGUCCUGACGGGGGAAUGGAGAAGGCCGAUAUCGUGCUGGGCUGGGUGGAGGACGAUUCUGGCAAGGCUGUGCUGAUGGACUGUCAUGGAGUGCCUAAAAGUCAAGGAAGCGCCCCAGUAAGAGACGAAGUGGACAACUACACUUUGAUGAGAGGUUUACAAAACGAUUCCCAUACUGUCAUUGAAUUUAGGAGAGUUCUGGACACCUGUGAUCCCGAUGACUAUGUUUUAUCUGCUGAUACGGUGAGAGUUAUAUGGGCUUUGCAUGAUUCUGACCCUCAACAUGGUGCCGAGAUGGUAUAUCACGGGGAGAAGAGAGGUUCGCAGAGCAUACAUUUGCUGGGACCUCCGCCUGUUCCGAAAGUAGCACCGGGGCAUUCCAGAAAUUGGGAUAUAACUUUAAAAAAUUUCAAAGUCCAAAACAACAUGAACACCAUGUACUGGUGCAAAGUCUUCAAAGCGCCCACAUUAAACGACAAACACCACAUCAUCGGCUUCGAACCUAUCAUCGGUCCCAAACACUCGACGAUGGUGCAUCACAUGAUCGUGCACGAGUGCGAGCUUGACAAAACCGCCAACCCGCUGAUCUGGGACAAUUUCGCCAAAGACGACGGGCGACUGUGCUACAGCGACAUGCCGACAGAGUGGGAAAAAUGCCUGACGCCUCUGGUUACGUGGGCCGUGGGCUCUAAAGGCGAAUCCUUCCCGAACCACGUGGGCUUGCCUCUGGCCGGCAAAAAGAACUCUUACUACAUGUUGGAGGUGCAUUUCGACAAUCCCAUGAUGGUAGACGCGGUCGAUACGUCCGGUGUUCGGGUGCAUUAUACCAGCGAGCUCAGGGAGAACGAAGGCGGUGUUCUUAUAACGGGCGUCGCUCUUUCCACCCUGCAUUUCGUCCCGCCGUACCAGAAGGAGUACAAGACGGCCGGUUAUUGCAGUGUGGGAUGUACCAAAGAAGUAUUCCCGAAGGACGGUAUAAACGUGGUGUCCGUUAUGCUGCACUCCCACCUGGCGGGGAGGAAACUGAAGUUGCGCCACAUAAGGGCCGGAAAAGAAUUAGCGCCUUUGGCUCAGGACGAUCGCUACGACUUCAACUAUCAGCAGUCCCGUUCGCUCUCCCAAGACACGCCUAUCCUGCCGGGCGACGGCCUCAUAACCGAGUGCACCUACUCCACCGUGAAUAGAAGUAGGCCCACCCUGGGAGGGUACUCGACUAGAGAGGAGAUGUGCCUGGCGUUCGUCUUGCACUAUCCGAGGACCCAGUUGGCGGGGUGUUACUCCAUACCGCCGGUGAAAUACUUUUUCGAGACGCUGGGCAUAAGGGAGUUCUACGGGAAGGACAUGAUAGAGAUAGAGCAGGCGCUGCUGGAGGGAAAGACGGAAAGUGAAACCGAGACCACGACAACGCCCAAGCCUUUCGAGAACCGCCCAGGCGACGAGAUGUCCCCCGAAGCCAACAUGAGGGCCAUAAUAGCCUUGAGGAAUGCCAAAGAGUACAGCAUCGUGGGGGAGAACGGUCAGACGCAAAACAUGUUCGACAAGUUGGUGAUUAAAGAGCCGCUGGAAUUUAGGAAUCUGUCGUUUUCCGAUCACCUGCAGAAUAUUCCUUACAACGAGACCAUCUUCACGAAGAAGAUGGAGGAGUAUUUUUACAAGGGGCUGCAUCUUACCUUUUGCAGAAAGAGGGACGACAGUCUUGCCAUCAAAGAGAACAUCGAGAGGCUGCCGAAUUUCGAGGAAUACAAAAACAAAGGCAGCAUCCAGUGCAGUUCGAGAACGAAAAUGCCUUUCUUUUCUUCUUCCGUGGCGGUAAAACUGACUUCUAAAUUAAUUCUGGCGAUAACGUUAUUCUUAUUUUACACUUGCUAAUAUUUUCCGAGAACAAACAUUCCGUUUUAGGCAAAAUUGUAUGGAAGCGGUCCCCUCUCGAAAAGAGAACGGAUCUAAUUUAUGUUUUCGUUUCGUUAAAAAUUAUAUUUUUAUAACUUAUUACUAUUUAUUACUUUUGUUUUACGUUUAAAUUGUUUUCCUUUUUAUUUAAACUGGCUGUACAUAAAUAGUCACUCUGUACAUAUCGAUGUCUACCAAAUAGUUAGGUUAAGCGUCUAGUUCUUACGGUCCGAAUAAUGCUGUGAAAUUUUUUUGUACAUCUUGUAGUAAGCAACUUAGUUUUAACAGUCAUUUUUGUACUUAAGAUUUUUACUAUUUUAAUAGAUAAGGAUAAAAAAUA